UCGAAAUAAGCGCUACUUUGGACGAGGGUCCCUCCAAGCCAUAUGGGCUGUUUUAUAUUUCUGGAUCCUCACAUUGCCCGAUUAUAAAGUACGCCUCCCCAAAUCUACCUUUUCUACUCCUGGUUCGCUCAGUCCUCCUCUCAGUUGCUCAGUCCUCUUAAUUACUCAGUCCUCCUCUGAAUUACUCAGUCCUCCCCUCAAUAACCUAGCCUCCCUCUAAAUUACUCAGUCUCUUUUUCAAUUACUCAGUCCUCCUCUCAAUUACUCAGUCCUCCUCUCAAUUACUCAGUCCCCCUCUCAAUUACUCAGUCCUCCUCACAAUUACAAUCCUAGUCCAUCCUUUAGCAAGUUUAUCUUUGUCAGUCCCUAACCAUGUCCCCUGACGAACUUACGUCCACGGAGUUUGACUUCGUGAUUGUCGGUGGAGGCACUGCUGGGCUUACAGUUGCUGCUCGUCUGUCCGAGAAUCCGGAAUGGAGUGUCGCUGUAAUUGAAGCCGGAAAAGACAAUACCAAAGACCCUCUCGUUUAUACGCCGCUGCUGGCCAUGAAAAUGUUUGACAACCCAGCCUUUGACUGGAAUUUUCAAACGGUUCCUCAAAAAGCAGCAGAUGGCACCGCCAUUGGUUGGCCUCGCGGCAAAGGCCUGGGUGGCAGUAGCAUGAUCAAUUUGCAAAUGGUUGGGAAUCCCUCUAAGCAAGAUUUGGACAACUGGGUUGAACUUGGCAACCCAUCUUGGGGGUGGGAUGACAUGCAAAAGUACUUCCGUAAAUUCGAGACGUUCUAUCCGCCUUCAGAAAAACUUGCAAAGGAACUCCAGGUUGAAUAUUUGGAUCCAAAGCUGCGAGGGGACUCGGGGCCGAUCCAGGUUGGCCACGUAGACAUGGAGAUCGAUUGGUUGAAGAGGGACUUGCCGACCAUGGCCCAAAAACUCGGGCUCCCGGCCCCAAAUGAUCCAAGGAAAGGCAGUGCCCUUGGAGGGUUCAAUCAAUUGACGGCUAUCGAUCCGAAAACGAAAGAGCGAAGCUAUGCGGCCACCGGUUACUGGCUUCCGAAUAAAGAUCGGCCCAACUUUUCCGUGGUGACGGAAGCGCUGGCAGAGAAAGUUCUCCUCGAAAAGAACAUUGACGGCGAGGUCCGAGCAACCGGUGUUUCGUUCACAUCCGGCGGCAAACCCUAUACCAUCAAGGUGAAGAAGGAGGUCAUCGUGUGUGGUGGCACAGUACAGAGCCCCCAGAUCCUCGAAGCCAGCGGAAUUGGCAAGCGUGAACUCCUUCAUAAGCAUGAGAUCGAGUGCUUGGUGGAUAACCCCAACGUGGGGGAGAAUCUUCAGGAUCAUUGCAAUGUUUUUGUUUCCUGGGAAACCAAACCAGGCGUGGUAACUGGAGACGUUGUGAAGGAUCCCGCCAUAGCGCAGCAGCUCAUGACUGCAUACCUCACCGCUCGUCAAGGCCCACUGUCCGGGACGGUCAGCGCGACGGUAUACGCCCCAUGGCACUUCGCGUUCCAACCUUCCGGAUCCGAGAAUGCGGAGCAGUGUAUUCAAACACUCUCCCGGACCAUAACCCCCGGCUCCGCAGUUCCCCCUCAGAAGCAUCUCCGCAUCAUGGAAAGACAGCUUGGUGAUCCUACAGAGGCUGCUCUUCAGGUCAUUUACAUCGACUCGGCCGUAGAUAUCCGGGAUCGUAACCAUUGCAGCCGACUUUACAUCAACGAGCUGCCUUUCUCCGGCUUCUCCAUGCUUGUUUGCAACACUCAUCCUUUCAGUCGAGGCAGUGUCCAUAUCCGGUCCGCGUUAACCCACGACGCACCGACCGUUGACCCAGGCUAUUUCACCAACGAUAUGGAUACCGAAGUGCUUGCCCAUUCCGUUCUUCGGAUGAUCCAAGCCGUCGAAACCAACAAUCCGAUCGCGGCGAACCUAGCCGAUGUGGGUGCCCCGGGAAGCGAAAAGGUCUGGAACCGAGUAUUCCCAACGAAGCCCAAGACGGUCGAGGAGGCUCGGGAAUAUGUCAAGAAGGCCUACUCAACCGUAUACCAUCCGAUUGGAACGUGCCAAAUGGCACCCGAGAGCGAAGGCGGUGUUGUGGAUACUUCGCUGCGCGUGUAUGGCACCAAGGGGUUGAGAGUUGUAGAUGCCAGUAUCAUGCCCCUACAUGUGCAGGGUAACAUCAUGAGCUCGGUUUAUGCGAUUGCUGAGAAGGCGGCAGACUUGAUAAAGGAGACGUGGGGAACAUAGGGUUGUGUUUUCUUCCUGUCGCCCGCAGGACUGAGCAAUUGGACCCGAGUAUUUUGGCAAUCCUUGGGAUAAAGAUAAAUUGACUUUGAUAAAUUCGGAUCUCCUGAUGAGACCUCUCAUGAUAUUGAUACCUAUAUCUAUAUUACGUC